AUGGUGGCGCCAGGAAGCCAGUGGCCGCCCCUUUCAGGGGCCCGCGAAAACUCUGCAACCAACACCAACGAGCGCAUAUUGGAUGCCAAUUACGACGUGCGCCAGUUGCUGAAUCAUAUCAGCAGUAACAACUCUGUCAAAGUCCCGAAACCAGUAUUGGAAUACCUCAAAUCGAUUCAGGAGCUCACUGCAGACCUGAUUAAGAACCCAAUCGGCCAGGACUGGAAGCAGCAAUUUGAACAGCUGCGCCAGGAGACCAGCCAGAUUAAACAAGAUAUCCAUGCGGUGAGGAUAGCUUCUUCGAAUGUCAAUGCCAAUGGCAAUGCCAGUGGAUCGAAUCGGAUUCGUUCGUACGUCGACGCUGACCGUCAGAUCAUUGUCAAACUGGGUGAUUCCAACGGCAUUAAACUGUUCCGUACCCGAACGCCAGCCAAGAUUACAAAGCUUGCCGAAAAAGCGCGUGUAAAGGGAGCAAAGGCUACGCACGGGGUGACGGUGGUAUCGGCUAAGUUUGUCGCGGCGAGACAAUUGAAAUCGGGGGAUAUCUCGCUUAGCCUCCGUACUGCGAAGGAGGCGGAGAUAAUGCGAUGCUACUGUGCUUGCUGGGUAAAGCAUUUGUGGAAGGGAUCGGAAGUGCGCCUGCCGAGCUGGGGGGUUGUUAUCCACGACGUCAAUGUACAGUCGCUCGGAAUCAAUUCAGCUGCAGGGCUUAGAGACCGGAAGCAGGGUAUUAUUAAGCAGCUGCUUACUAAGAACUUGUUCUACUGGGGAGACAAUGCAGAGAUCACCUAG